AUGCAAGUUUGGGGUUUGAAAUCUUCUCUGGAUGACUCUGGUGGUAACACCAUAUCUUACUUUCAGAGAGUAUUCUGGGACCUUUCCCUGUGCAGUCCCUUCCUUCUGAGUGUCUUCCAGGCCAUCACCAUCAGUCCUAACAGCUCCAGGUGGGCAGAGCUCAAAGCCAGAGCUUCAAAGUACGUCAUUCUCUGCUGUGUUUUCUGCUGGAUCUUCAAUCUUCUAGUAGACAUUACUGUGGCAGUGUACAUAGCUGGGGCCAAGAACAGCAGCAAGGGGUGGUGGAACAUUGGGUAUAGCUCUUUAGACAUUUAUGACAUGAAUACGAUCAAAAUUGUCAUCUGGAAGUCUGUUUAUGAAGGGGUGCUGGUGGGUCUCAUGGUCAUUGCCAGUGGCUACGUGAUGCUGGUCCUGUACAGACACCACCAGCGAGUGCAGCACAUUCAUAGCACCAGCCUCACCCACAGGGGCUCCCCUGAAACACGAGCCACCAAAAACAUCUUGCUGCUGGUGAGCACCUAUAUCUGCUUUAACACAGUCAGUUUCCCUUUUAUUAUUUAUAUGGCUCCUUCUGGGUCAACUAGGCACUGGGUGAUACAUGCCAUGGUCUUUUUUUCCCUCUGUUAUCCAGCAGUCAGCCCCAUUAUGUUGCUCAUCAAUGACAUCCGGAUCCACACGUCUUCUUGUGUUCUUUGA